AUGUCAAUCCUUGCAUCGCCCAGGCACCUCGAGGCUUCCAAAGAUAAGAGCAGCGAUAAACGCCCAUACUAUGACAUGAAAUAUAGAUGUACCAUUGAAUUUACCUCCCUUGUUCCUUCCAUUCUCCGCCAUCACCACAUGACCAGCAACGAGACUUUCACUCACGUUGAGGCGCCAUCCAGCAUCGGACAUGGCUCUCUCCAAACUAGUCCUCUUGGGCCCUCCAGUUCACGUGCGCCUAAUGCACAAGGGGUCACCGCGGCGAGAGGCAGAAGCAACGCUGAUGAGUUUGCUACUAGUAGCAUGUACAGUCCCGAUGGGGAGACAAGCCCAGGAGGAUCGACGAAACCAAAGUGGUAUAAGCAGCCUUUCAUUAGAGGACGGAAUAUGUCUUUACAAGGCAUUUUGUCCGGAAGGUCUUCCACUAGCACGGCCUCCAACAAGUCGCCUAUCAUAUACCAAGAGGCGGAACUACCUAUCAUUGACGUUGCGCCACCCCCUCCAGUGGAUCGAGGCGCUCAAAAUGAAGCAGGUCCUAGUAAACUGAGAAAACCUCGAUCCCAGAGUCCACUCACCCCUACGUAUACACCACCAUCACCCACUCACCCCAUAACCCGAACUCAACGCACCCUUCAUCCACUACCACUACGCUCAGUUCAAAGCAUGUUCCUUCAACACCCCAACACUCGGGCUCAUAACGUAACCGAAGACGACGAAGACGGGCAGCUUCUUCUUGACUUGCUCGGAGUCACAGAGCGCCCACUGACACAUUUGCGCGAACCUGAACAAUCACAGCUACAACAUAUACCCACCUCCGAGCCGGAACUAGAACCAGAACCAGAACCAGAGCAGCGCUUGACGCCGCCCCCAGUUAGACGGCUGCCCAUCCCACCACAGUUCCCGGCUCCGGUACUGAAUAUACCCCCACCUCACGAUUCUCAAGACGCAUUCGCUUACGUCUUUGGUCCGACUCCGCGAUCGUCAUUUGUAGAUCCUCGGGGCUCUAUUCCACCACCUCCAUAUGUUCAGCGUCAAUCAGCGGUGCUGGAUAGGUAUAUGAAUCCUACUCGCAAUCAAUCGCCUUCGGACCACAAGACAGGGGAUCUCCCCCCUGUAGCGCCAUUAAGCAUCCGGCGUAGAGAUAGGGACUAG